AUGGGCUCUGUCGACUAUGAAGUCAAUGUUGAGGACCAGGAGAAGAUCGUGAACUUUAGUCUUCUGUACAACAAGAGGCUGAGACUUGAGAAGAAGCUGGAGCUCCUGAAACAGGAGCAGACUUACUUGAGUGACGCACAGGAGGAGUGUAUGAUUGCUCUUGAGACUCCACUCUUUAAAAUCGGCGACUGUUUUCUAAAACUCGAUGAUACGCAACUGGAUGAAGAAUUGAAUAAACGCAAGGAUCUACUUGAGACUCAGAUGAAUAAAUUGACUGAUGAGCUCCAACAGGCUGAAGCUGAGUCUAAUGCUCUGAAGUCGUACUUGUAUUCCAAAUUCGGAAACAGAAUUAACCUGGAGGCUUAG